CCAGGCUACGUUCCAUCGACGUCAUCUUAUUGAGCCGAUUAAUUAUAAUUGGCACUCAGAGCUCAGUGACUUUUUCAAUUCUGUUGCGUGAAAACUGUGAGAAAAAUAAGAUGCUGCUGGUUGUCUCAGUGAGAAAACUUGAGAAAAAUGGCUGCUGAGGAGGGCGAUAAUGGUCGAAAUUUUGAUGAGGGUGUGAAAGAUAAUGGGAAGGUUUCGUUUGCUGAUGCUGGAAGCAGGGAGUUUCCGAUCAGCGUCCACUUGGAGGAUGAGGUUUUUGAGCCCAAUGAGAUGAACAACAAUGAGAGAAAUCGCCAGCCGCCUACCGAUAUGCCGCCACCUCCGCCCCCAGAUGGCGACAACGUUUCGGUUGCAAACAGCGAGGUCGUCAUCCUGAGGCAUCCAAAUUUCAACCGGCAACCGAAAAACAGCCCUCCUGCUCUGCAGCAUUCUCAAUCGGCUUCCGAUUUGGUGAGACUGAGAAAUCCUCAUGGAAAAAGCAACUCACGGGAGCCGAAAAGCAUGGUGCUGCCCAUAACAUCUAGAUCCAGAAGUCCGUACAACUAUUCUGUGGGAAACAGUCAGUCGUAUGAUUGUACAAAUCCAUAUAAUACAUUUGGAACCAUCAACCGCCCAGCCGGCUCUCAAGAGGCUAUCAGCCCUUACUCAACAAACGAUGGGGGAGGAUCUCCAAAUGGAACCCCAAAUAACGACUUUCCAAACGUCCAAUUCCAAAAUGGGGGCUACGCCGUCUCGAGCGGAGAUUUUGAGCCUUACAAGAGGGCGCACACCCCACAUUCCACCACUGGUUCCCAUCACAAAAUGCCCACACCUCCUGAGGCAAAGAAGAGAAUUUUUACGGAUAUACUCACCACCAGCAUGAGCACCAUCUACGCCAUCCUAAUUGUCACUUUGGGAGUUUCCUUCUAUGUAAUCGAUACUUUGCAGCUAGAGGAAGAUAGAAUCGAGUAUCUAGCAGAAGGAUUCAGCUUGACCCUGCUCAGCAUGGCCUUGCUCUAUCUGCUGUGGCUCAAUGUCGACAUCACUCUCUACAACCUCAAGAAGAGCAAAUUCGAGAAGCUAAUGGAGAAUUUGGAGCCUGAACAGGUAGAGAUCAAGGAGAUAACUGAAGGAAUUGCCUACGACAUUGGCCUGCAAGAAGCGCUGGCGCUGCAGAAGCAACUGGAUCAUCGCUAUUGCUUCAAUAAUGACAGGCACUCGAAGAAUUUUUAUCUGAAAAUUGGGGCUGCAGGUUUUUGCUUCGGCCACCUGAUCCACAGCUUUUUAAUUUUGACCUAUCGAGGAUUGAUCCUGGGGUCCGAGGAUCAAGCAGCUAGUGAUUGCAUGAGCGUCAUCACCUUUGCAAUCGAGAUCCUCUAUCCUAUUUACUCCAUCACGUUGCUCUUCUUCAUCUUCAAGUACUCUAACGUCAUCAUCAACAAGAAGCGCGACUUCCAUCGCUUUGGGUUCAUGCACUGUUUGGCUUCCAGCUUGUGCUUCUGGCUGUGGACGAUCUUCCGAGAGACUGCCGAGUAUAUCCAGAACUCUCACUAUGAUGACUACAAUGCCACAGUGGAUGCUGAGGAUGAAGGUGCCAGUCAACAGAGAGUGCAGAUCGUGCCGCUGAGGUUCACUGCAGUGUGCGAGCACGAUGAGCUGAAUAUAAUCUACCAAAACUACUCCCCCUAUCUCUAUCCGUUCAGUGUGGAAUACAGCAUUUUAGUUGUGGGCAUUAUUUACCUGGUAUGGGUGAAUAUUGGCCUGUGUGCUCCCUGCGAUCUUCAACACGAAGACCAUCAUGGCGAAGACACCAGACAGUGCAUGAACGAACGCAGGCCUUCCGAACCGGAAAGCAACAUCACCAUCCACGCGGAUUGCCAUGCUUCCAACAAGGGGCUUUUCUUGGGCUUCAUUGUCUUAGUCUUUGCCCUGGUCAGCCUGAUCUUGUUCUUCAUCACGCACUAUAGCGAGACUGCGGGUCUAGAUCAGGCAGGACUCACGGUCAAUCUGGCCACCAGAGCCACCAUCAUGCUCCUGAUGAUUGUUGCUGCUGUGUGCGCCUACUUCCAGAUGGUGAAACUGGAUGUGAACGAGUCGGCCCACAACUCUCUGGAUAACUUUCUCUGCCUCAUGUGUCUGCCCGCCUUUUUUGUCUAUGGGACAUUCAGCGUCAUCGCUGGGAUCAUUUUUGGUCGAGUUCUCGCUGUAGUAGGAAUUAUUCUUGAGGUAGUCCAAGUGGUGAUCCAGACGACUUUUAUUGUUGAUGGCAUGUCCAGAUCCAGCAACACCAAGACGCUACGCAAGAAAAAGCCUGGAAGAGAGUUUGUAACUUUCCUGAUAAUCUGCAAUGUGGCCAUGUGGAUCAUGCAGACAUUCGAGGUGAAGUCCCAUGGCUUGGAUGAGUACCGGCCGGAGUUCUACUCGAAAGUGCUCUGGAGCAUUGUAGGACACAUGUGCUUGCCGCUGAUGAUGUUCUAUAGGUUCCAUUCCUCUGUAUGCAUUGGGGAUAUUUGGCAGUAUGCCUACAUGCCUUCUGGACACUAGAUGGAAGCAAUUUUUGAGGAAGCGGUUGGAAUGGACAUGGUUUAUCGUAUCUCAUUUAUGUAUUUAUUAUAAUCUCACUAGUAUUGUUGGAUCUUGUCGGUAGAUAUUAAACGGCUGAACGUGAAAGUGUUUGGUAGUGUUUUCAAAAUGUAUUAUAUUAUCAAAUAUAUUAUGUACGAUUGUCCAACUU